CACUUUCCCACCGUAUCCCGUGCCAUUUCGAUCUUGCUCGAGAAAUUGACGGAAAAUGGCUCCGUAGCUGGAGAUUCAGAUUCCUCUUUCUCCUUUUCAUUAGAUCUGAUCUCUGUUUAUCGUCGGUAUCUAAGGUUUCACUUUUCAUAAGCUUUUGUAUCUUUGUUCGGAAGUAUGGCGCAAGGGAGGUAUUCUAGGAUAGAUAACAGGAGGUCCUCAUCGAGCUAUUGCUCGACAGUGACUGUAGUUGUGUUUGUCGCUCUAUGCUUGGUUGGGAUCUGGAUGAUGACAUCAUCAUCUGUUGGACCCGUUGAAAAUGUUGAUGAGGUUUCUCUGGAGAACAAAGACGGGAUGAAGAAACAGCUGAACCCACCUACAGAUGAUGGAGGCAGCCAGGCGUAUGAAGACAAGAAUGGUGAUUUACCCAAUGAUGACAAGAAAGGAGAUGGUGAUGAUAGCUCGUCUGGAGAUGGUGGCAAACAAGGAGACCAGGAAGAAAAGAUUGAAGAGAAAAAAGAGGAGAAAACCAAAGAAGAAUCUAGUUCAACUGAUGGGUCAACCAGUGAGACCGAAGAUGGAGAUCGUAAAAACAGUGACUCUGAGUCAGAAACUGGAGAUGGUGAAAGCGAAUCAGAUGACAAAAAGGAUUCGAAAGGCGAUUCGGAUGAAAAGGAAAAGAAAUCUGAAUCCGGUGAUAAUGAGGAUGAUGACAGACAAAAGAAAUCGGAAUCUGAUGACAGAGAGAAAAAAUCCAGUGAUGAUGAUUCACAAUCAAAAACAGAGAAAGGUGACGAAGAAAACAAAACAGACAAGGAAGACACAGAAACCAAAUCCGACAAGGACUCUAGUGAAUUUGAUGAUAAGGAUGGUCAUUCAGAGGAAAAGGUAGACCAAGAAAACAAAGAGUCAGAAACAUCUGCCAAGGUGGAGCAGGAAAGUCAACCUAGAAACGACAGCUCAGGUGAUCCUUCCCCUUCUGGCGCACAGUUGGAGCUCUUGAAUGAAACUGUGGCACAGAAUGGAUCAUUUUCAACUCAGGCAACAGAAUCGAAAAAUGAAAAAGAAGCUCAGCACGUUUCCUCUGACUACAGAUGGACACUCUGCAAUACAACUGCCGGUCCGGAUUAUAUUCCUUGCCUGGACAAUUUGCAAGCCAUUAGAAGCCUUAGGUCUACUAAGCACUAUGAGCAUCGUGAGAGGCAUUGCCCCGAAAACCAGCCUACCUGCCUUGUUCCUCUGCCUGAAGGAUACCGGCGGCCAAUUGAGUGGCCUAAAAGUCGCGAAAAGAUCUGGUAUAACAACGUUCCUCAUACCAAACUUGCUGAGGUUAAGGGGCAUCAAAAUUGGGUUAAAGUGACUGGUGAAUAUCUCACUUUCCCUGGUGGAGGAACCCAGUUCAAGCAUGGCGCUCUUCAUUACAUCGAUUUCAUUCAGGAGUCUGUCCCUGAUAUCGCGUGGGGUAAACGCUCUCGUGUUGUUCUGGACGUUGGAUGUGGAGUUGCCAGCUUUGGAGGAUUCCUUUUCGAUAGAGACGUGAUAACAAUGUCUCUCGCUCCUAAAGAUGAACAUGAAGCCCAAGUUCAAUUUGCACUUGAGAGAGGCAUCCCUGCCAUUUCUGCUGUGAUGGGCACCCAAAGGCUACCAUUCCCCGGCAGAGUUUUCGACAUAGUUCAUUGUGCUCGUUGUAGAGUGCCAUGGCACAUAGAAGGUGGUAAAUUACUUCUGGAGCUUAACCGACUGCUGAGACCUGGCGGUUUCUUUGUGUGGUCUGCUACUCCUGUUUAUCAGAAGAAGCCUGAGGACGUCGGAAUUUGGAAAGCUAUGAGUGAACUAACUAAGAAGAUGUGCUGGGAACUCAUAUCCAUUAACAAGGACACUGUCAAUGGAGUAGGUGUGGCUACAUACAGGAAGCCUACUUCAAAUGAAUGCUAUGCAAACAGAGCAGAACAGGAACCUCCUGUUUGCAGUCAGUCCGAUGAUCCAAACGCUGCCUGGAAAGUGCCACUUGAGGCAUGCAUGCACAAGGUGCCAGAAGACAAAGCAGAAAGGGGUUCUCAGUGGCCGGAGCAAUGGCCAGCGAGGGUGGAGAAGCCGCCAUUCUGGCUGUCGAGCUCCCAGACUGGAGUUUACGGAAAAGCAGCUCCAGAGGAUUUCACCUCUGAUUACGAGCACUGGAAACGUGUCGUGACAAAGUCGUACCUUAAAGGGUUGGGAAUCAACUGGGCUAACGUUAGGAAUGUCAUGGACAUGAGAGCUGUCUACGGAGGAUUCGCGGCAGCUCUGAGAGAGUUGAACGUGUGGGUCAUGAACGUGGUUCCAAUAGAUUCUCCAGACACACUCUCCAUAAUAUACGAACGAGGUCUCUUCGGUAUUUACCACGACUGGUGCGAAUCCUUCAGCACUUACCCGAGAUCAUACGACCUCCUCCACGCUGACCAUCUCUUCUCCAAGCUCAAACAGAGAUGCAAUGUGACGGCGGUGGUGGCGGAGGUAGAUAGGAUGCUGAGGCCAGAAGGGAAACUGAUAGUGAGGGACGAUGCGGAGACAAUCCAAGAGCUGGAGUCUAUGGUCAAGUCUAUGAAAUGGGAGGUUCGGAUGACAUUCUCCAAGGACAAGGAAGGCCUUCUCUCCGUUCACAAGUCCACCUGGCGACCCACCCAGGUUGAAACCCUCACCUACGCCAUUGCUUGAACCAUCUUUUAUUAUUAUUAUUAUUAUUAUUACCACUUCAAGUACACGCUCUCUUGUUACCACCUGCCUCGUCGCUUAGGAAAUCGAUGUUUUUUUGUACGGUCUCUCUUGCCUUUCGUUCUCUCCUGAGUUGAGUCAACUGUUUUGUUGUAUUAUGUCGUCCACUUUUUUUGUCUUGUCUAGUUCUAUGGUUGCUUAGAUUAUAUUAUAUAGUGAAAUGUAUCAUUCUUGGAUUUUUUUUUAUUAUUAUUAUUUGGUGAAUAGGUGAGCUCUCUUUUGCCA